CUAUCGAUGCCAAGUUUGUAUUCGGAAAAGCGCCUUUAUUUUGGACAGCUCUCUUAGCCGUAAAAUGUUUUAAUGCCAAGAAAGUAAGAAUUCAUCAUGUCCAGCAGAUUCCCUGGACGAGGUAUCAAUGCGCAUCAGUACAUUCCAUUAAGAAAACCAGGCGAAAAAAGACAAGAAACGGUUCAAGAUGGCGGUUCCAUAAAUUCAGUUUCCAAUGCACUUUCAAAAAUGCAUCUAAAUGUCAAUGCACCAGAGUUUGUCCCACGAUUCACAAUCCCAGCAAAGUCAGUUGAGCCAGUACAACAGCCCCCAGACAUACAAGUGGUGAAUUAUGUCAAAGAGGCUCUGGACAGACUAACUUACAGCCCAGGGGAGUUUGAUCUGGUUGUAGAUGACCUAGCAUUAGCGUGGAAAGCAAGAAUACAUGAUAUGGGCACUUUGAAUGAGGUCGCAAGGGUUAUAAUUGAACAAUCUAUCUUACAAAAAAACUUUACGUAUACUGGGGCAAGGCUGUGUGAUCUCAUUGCGAAAAGGAAAGACUUAAAUGAUGUCCAAGAAACAAAAAGCUUUAGGACAAUAUUUCUUCAAAGGUGUGGAGAAGAGCACAAACAGAGAGAAGAACUCUUGCAGUCCCCAAACAGAGUAUCAAGAGUACAUGGGUUUGCAAUGUUUCUUGCAGAACUAUAUACAACCUUUAGAAUGAAUUCAGAACCACUUGAUAUUCUGAGGAAAAAACUGAUUGAGAUGUUGAUGACCUUGAUCAAGCAUGGUAGUGACGACUCUCUUCUCUAUGCUGGCCGUAUUCUUAAGCUGACAGGGUCCUUAUUGGAUGAUCCUAAAUUUGUUAAUAAUCAAUUAACCGUUGAAGUUGACGAAAUUUUUAAAGAAAUCCAAACUCUAAUUACUGCAUCACCCAACCUGGGAAGCUCCAUUAAGGUAUUCCUGGAAUCAGUCAUUAAUCUGAGGAAAUUAAACUGGGGUCGCGAGAACACUCCACCUGUGUCAAAUACUUCUCUCUCUGCCGAGGCACCAAUAUUCCAGUCGUCAAAUCAAGCAGCUUAUCAAAAUGAUCAGGAUGGUUACUAUCAAGAUGAUUAUUAUUCGUAUGAUAUCGAUGACAUUACACCAGUCUCGAAUCCUGACCAAUGGAAUGACUAUUGUGGUGACGACAGUCCAGACGAAAUAAACUACUACCAAAACGACAAUGGCGACGAAGGUGAAGACGACGAUUAUGCCUUCACAGAAGAAAUGCGAAGAGACUUCGAUAAAUUUAUGUCCGAACAGCACCCGCCACCGACUGGAUGACAGACCGAUUUGCACAGCUCACCGUUUAAGCUUAUGUUGGAGAAUAUUUUUAAAAAUCAUAAUAGUAUACUCUUAUGAGGCCCCGACCUCUUUGUCUUUGUAAAUAGAAUACCAUAGGACAAUUGCGAGGCCCACGUGUGCUGUGGAAACCGUCAAUCAUGUUGCCAUAGCAACAGCGUUGCUAAGCAAGUGACGUCGUUGCUAUGGCAGUGUAACUCAUUCAAUAAAUGCAUCUUAAUGUGUUAAGCGUUAAA